AUGGAGAAGAAGGUUAAGUUGAUGUGCAGUUAUGGCGGAAGGAUUCAACAACGGCCACACGACCUUCAACUCUCUUACAUCAACGGCCAUACUAAGAUCUUAACAGUCAAUCGCGACAUAAACUUCUCAACCCUUUUAUGCAAACUACACGAUCUUUGUGAAUACAGUUUACAGAUUCAGAUCAAGUAUAAGUUACCUGGACACGAUUUGGAAGCUUUGGUUUCAGUUUUUGACGACGACGAUGUCGAUCAAAUGAUGUUCGAGUACGAUCUUCUCCGACGUGGUUCGAUUACACCGCCGCGGUUCCGUCUCUUUGUGUUUUUCCCGGCGACGGUGACGCCUGUCGCGUCGGGAUCAUUGAAUCCGGAUUUUUUGUUCGGUUUUGAUAAGGAGUAUUCGUUUGAGACGUCGGAGAUUCGUGAAAAUUCCGAUGUGGGUGCGACGCUUCCUGGGAAUGCCGUCGGCGGCGGCGGAGCUCUGAAGCGUAGUCCGGAAGUAUGGACAGGUGAAAGCUACGUUUACCCUCCGCCGCUUGUUUACCGGCCACCGGCUAUUGCAGGUGGAUACUUUGAGGCUGGACUGUACAACUUGUAUGCAAAUUGUGGAGGGAAACAACGCCGGUGA